UAAAAGAUUUAUAUCUAGUCAGAAACUAAAUUUAUGUAAUAAAUCUUAUAAUAAAAAUGGUUUUUCCAAAAAAUAUUGCCAAUAGAAAUGAUAAGUGUAUAAAAUUAUUUUCUUAUUAAACUGAUUAAGUUACCAAAUGUAACAUACAUUGCGACAUGCCUAAGAUUAUCGAGUUGACUGUCGAAAUAAAUAUACAAAAAGUGUCAUGUCCAGGAGUAUGGUUAUGCCAAGAUGGCCGUGUAUCACUUACAGUGUUUGCUCUCGGAACCAGUUACCAAACUUGUAUGUUGCCACCUGUUUUCCCAUUAAUGUUCAAAGAUGUGUUUUACUUCCGUAAGCGAUUCCAAGAGACCUGUGCCUUAAACAAUAUCUGCUGUUUACUCAAGGAUGAGACAAUAUAUUGUGAAUUAGUCCAAUGGAGUGAAAAUUGCCAAUCUGGUGAAUGUAUAAUCCUAGCUCAGUAUCUUGGUGCUGUCAAUGAUGUUCUGUUCCCACCAAACAUGUGUUCCAGUGACGGGGUAGACUUACUAAUGAGGAGAUCGAAAGAAUUUCCUGGUAUUCUAUCUCCAAAAAUCGAAAUAGCUACUAAAGUGCGUAUUGACGAAAUUUGGAAUCAACCAUGCAACAUAAAGUCUUUGAAAAUAAGUUCUUGCCAUUGUCGACCGAGGGACACAGAAGGAUCUAGGCAAAAGCAAGUGUGCCAUAGUGCUCAAUAUCAUAGGAAUAAAUGCAGUUCUACUAAGAAAGCGCCUUCUGUUACGAGGUCAAGGUCGCGUUCUGGCGGAUCGAGGUCAUGUUGUAGUUUGGCACCAGAACCAGAAACUCGAGUCACAUGUAGUUAUCCAAAGUCUAGCAGCGAAGCAGAUAUCAAACCCACAACACCUGACCAAGAGGAACAGCCCCAGAAGACGACAGUGGAAAGUCACUACAUAGACACUGACAGAUACAAAGACAAGCUGAAAGACAGGUGGAAGAAACAUGUUCCGUUCAAAAUAACUCCAUGUGUGUGUGAUAUCUGUAAAAGGUAUCAUGAACUGUUUCAUACUGACUAUUCGAGUAGAUAACGCCUAUAAUUGACUGGUAAACAUUGACUGAACUUGCUUUUGCUUCAACGACAAUGAAUUUAAAUAGAUGAUUUAAAAUUAUUUUAAAUAAAGAUAUACAGUUUUCAAAUAUAUGCCCCAAUAAUAGAUAUAGCCAGAUAAGAGAAUCAGUCACUUGACAAUGCAGUAGCACGUACGAAAAUUUAUAAAAAAAAAAUACUCUCUCAUUAGUGUGCAGAAUUCUAGCAGUAACAUGCAAGAUUUAAAAUAAAACAGAGAUCACAGAAUAAGACCUAAAUAUAUUUUAGAACUAGGUACACAAAUUUUCUGAAUGCAGUCGAGAAACGAAGAACUGCUCUUUACAUGUUUACAAUAAACGAAAAUUGUAGUAUGGAAAAAGCGAGUAAUCACUAGCUUUAUUUAAAUCCAUCAUGAAAGAAUCUGCACAUUGGCCUGUAAUUUAGACUUUGAGUAACCGGGAGAUAUUGAUUGAAAUAAAAAUAGUCUUGUGUUAUUCUCCGUCCAAAAUGUAUGUUUAUAUCAAUUUAACCCUUAAAAGCCUGAUUUUUUAAAUCAAAUUAAAGAAUAUAUAAGUAUACCCUUUACUGUAUUUACUAAUGGGUAAAAAUAGUAAAAAAAAAAAUCAAAACGAUAUUUUUAAAUAUUUAUUUUGAAAAAAACAUUUAGUAUCAUUUUUGAUACUUUAGGCAUUACGGUAAUCAAAAUAUUUAAAUUUAUUUAACAAUGAAACAAUGCAAACCCCGGUAUCAAAUUUGAAACUUCAGGCAUUUAAGGGUUAAUGACAUGUUGAGCUGUAUAGGUGCUAUGAGCUAAUAAAUUCACAUUUGUAGUUUUAGUAAGGAUUACCUACAUUUAACUGAAGCCUAACUAACUACACAUCUUGAUAGGUGCUUUUAUAUGAAAUAAAAGUAUACUUUAUUAUUAACAUUAUUGGAUUAGCAUUUUAGAUAUUACACUGAGUGUUCAUUGUAAAAAAAAUGGCUAAAAAAUGUAGUGUUUUAUAUAUUUAUUUAGAAAUGAAUUAUCAUAUCCCACCGUCUCAUAAUUUUACAUGUACUUAUCUGCCCAUAAUAUGUGUUGGUGUAUAUUGGUAAUAGAGUACAGUACUAUUUAAUUUAUAUUUUACUAUGAUGUUAAAUUUUAAGUUUAUUUGUUUAUAUAGUAAAAUAUAUAUGUAUAGUAAAAUUUAUUUGUUUAUUAUUUAUUGCACAAUAUUUGUACAAGUCGUCAUAGUCGUAGAAUACUGACUGAUCUGACAAAGAUUACAUAUAAAGAUCCGUCAGUAUUCUACGACUAUGACGAUAUAUUAAAUUCUACGAUGCAUUGUUUAAAAUCAGUUUUAUAUUUAAAAUAAGGAAAAUAGUCUGCUUUAAAAAAAACAUAAAUGAAUAUAACAUAUUAUGUAACAAUUUAUACGAGUCAUAAAAUGUUAAUAUAGAUAAUAUAUUAUUAACAAUGCAAUUUGAAAGAU